UCGUUGCGUGCACACGUUGGUUCUUUUUGCGCGUGCACUUUGGCACUGAUGCGUAUACUUUUUUUUUAAUCAUUUAUCAUACCGUCGACAGUUCUACGAGAUUGCCAUUUCCUUUUAUAUCAAUUUCACUUUUGAUCGUCGCCGUCGUCUUUUGCUUUCGCCGGGUUCAGGAACAUUUCUCGAGGAUACGGUGCCUGUUGUUGAAUUCCGCGCACUAACCUUCUGCGCCCUCGCGAGACGUCGCGGAAGCACGUGAUGGCUUGAUUUGUGCGACACGCAAAUUAACAUAUUGUCAACAACGCCGCUAGAACAGGACCUACGCGUGGGAUAAAUAGGAAAACGCCUGUCGGUGAUCCACUAUAGUGUCUAGUUUUUAUACAGUGUUACAGAGAAAACAAGUCUAAUUAUCCCAAGUGAUACAUUGCAAAGUGCAAACGAUAGACGGCAGGCUGCAGUAGUUAAUGUAACCAAUUUAGCAACACCUACCACCAUGAUGGAUUCCAUCUGUCGGCUGUGUAUGGAGAGCAGCAAUUUGAAUCAUUCCAUGUCUGACGACAAAAUUCGUUCCAUGAUUGAGUACUGCAUACAAUUAAAGAUCGAUGUUGCCAACGAUCUGUUUCCGGUGGAAAUUUGCGACGACUGCUACUACAAAAUCAAGGAUUUUUCGGAAUUCAAAGAAAACUGCCACAGUAUUCAGGACAUGCUACGUCAAGAAAUCGAACAAACUCGGCUCGAAUGUGAUCGAAUGGAUGAUGAGAUUCAAUCGCAGCGAACUGCCCUAGAUGAUCUGGAUCUGUUCGUUGGGGAUAUUAACUAUUCGGAUAUAGAGUAUUUGGAUGAGACGUUGCUGUUUAGUGAUUUGAACGCGGAGGAACUGUUGCGAGACUUGGAGAACAGCGGUGGACGGGAUAGUGAUUUGACUGACUUUUUCGAACCUAGUUCAGUGAGUUCUUCCGAUAGUCAAUACAAAAAGAGGGCUAAACGGUGCUACAAGGAGGAGUACAACGCGGCGCUCAUUACGUGUGAUAUCUGUGGAAAAUUGGUUCACAAGACGUUGCUCCCUGGACAUAUCAAUAUGCACAAUGGAGUAAAACCCUACGCCUGUCCACGAGAGGGGUGUCAUUCGACGUUUCACUGUAAACAUAAAUUGAAGCGGCAUAUCGGAUACAAACAUAAGGACGGCAAUUUUCCCUGUGAUCAGUGCGAAAAAGUGUUCAACUCCAAUCUGGCCCUGUACCAUCACAAGUUUGCAUCCCACCAGCUGCGGAACAAGGCUUGCUCCAAGUGUGAUAAGCGAUUUCGAACCACCCACGGUCUCAAUCGGCACAUGCAGACGCACUCGGAGGAACGCAAAUUUAAGUGCCACUACUGUCCGAUGGCUUUCCUGAAGGAUUCGGUACGGGAAAUCCAUCACCGAACACACACCAAGGAACGACCCUUCGUUUGUACAAAGUGCGGUGCAGACUACAACCACCGGAGGCUUCUCGUGAACCACAUGAAACGGAAGCAUCCCGGAUCGGAAACGGUGCUACAAACGCUGCAGUGCACGUGAAAUUUUAAAACGUUUGAAACACUUACACCAAUCAGAAGCACUUUAGCUGAGAAUCCUACUGUGAAAGUUACCUUAUUUUAGUGUUUUUUUUAGAAAAAAAUGUAUACGAACAAACAGAAAACAAAUGAAACUACUUUUUAAUGACAGGUUUUCUAAAUCAAUUUUAUGGAUUUAUUCUACAUGGACACAAUUACAUUUUACAGUUUUGAAAAGUUUCUACAUGUUAUGCAAACAAUAAACAGACAUUACUAUUCAAGAGAUACAAUAAA